CGCGUCCGCUCGGGCUUGCACCGCCAGAGAAGCGCUGCUUUGAGGCUGCACCAGCUCACUUGUCCCCGUUGAGCACAUCCAUGGUAGCGGGAAAAAAUGACGCCUCCUCUCUGCAUCAUGGCUUAUAUGAUGGCUUUAAUCCACGGUUGUGGUGGUGCCGACUCUGAGGAGCGCCUCAUAAACUGGCUGCUGGACAAAAAUCGCUACAAUCCACUCAUACGGCCGGCGGUCAACAGGACAGAAAGGGUCACCGUGAAGCUGCGAGUGUCGCUGGCACAACUCAUCAGUGUGAAUGAAAGAGAACAGAUCAUGACCACGAACGUCUGGCUCACUCAGCACUGGGUGGAUUACAGGCUAGCAUGGGACCCUGCCAAGUACGAAGGUAUCAACAAGCUGCGUAUCCCCUCCAGACACAUCUGGCUGCCUGAUAUUGUCCUGUACAACAAUGCCGACGGGACCUAUGAGGUGACGGUCUUCACCAACGCCAUCGUCCUCUCCAACGGCAGCAUCAACUGGCUUCCUCCCGCCAUCUACAAAAGUGCAUGCAAGAUCGAAGUCAAGCAUUUUCCCUUCGACCUGCAAAACUGCACCCUGAAGUUUCGCUCAUGGACCUACGACCACACCGAGAUCGACCUGAUCUUAAAGUCGGACAUGGCCAGUAUGGAUGAUUUCACCCCCAGCGGGGAGUGGGACAUCUUGGCGCUGCCUGGACGACGGACGGUCAACCCGUUGGAUUCCACCUACGUGGACCUCACGUAUGACUUCAUCAUCAAGAGGAAGCCUCUUUUCUACACCAUCAACCUCAUCAUCCCGUGUGUGCUCAUCACUUCUCUGGCCAUCCUGGUCUUCUACCUGCCGUCCGACUGUGGCGAAAAGAUGACUCUUUGCAUUUCCGUCCUCCUGGCCCUCACCGUCUUCCUGCUCUUGAUCUCCAAGAUCGUUCCUCCGACCUCUCUGGAUGUGCCGCUGAUCGGGAAGUACCUGAUGUUCACCAUGGUGCUGGUAACCUUCUCUAUCAUCACCAGCGUGUGCGUGCUCAACGUCCACCACCGCUCCCCUAGCACUCACACCAUGCCCCCCUGGGUAAAGCUGGUCUUUCUGGUCAAACUACCCGCCUUGCUGUUCAUGAGGCGACCUCACAAUAACGCUUGCCGUCAGAAACUAAGACAUCAGCGGCGCCUACAGGCAGGAAGGACAAUUCUGGACUUGGAUUACCCAGUUGGAACCAAAACUGUUUUUACCAAAUCAUCGUCUGCCUUGCUGACUUCAGACUCGGCCUUCUCCACCACAGGACACAAAAAUAUAAUCCCUCCUCUGAGCUUGAGUCACCCUGAAAGGCAAGGUGACUGCUUCCCCAGUGGUUCAGCCUGGACUGAGGACUUGCAUCCCCGAAGCAACUCAGACUGGGCUAAUGAUGUCCAGGAGGCGGUGAACGGAGUGUGCUUUGUUGCUGACCACAUGAUGGCGGACGAUGAUGAUCAGAGUGUCAUCGAGGACUGGAAGUACGUGGCCAUGGUGGUGGAUCGCAUGUUUCUGUGGAUCUUUGUCAUUGUGUGCGUGGUGGGAACUCUGGGCCUCUUUCUACAGCCACUUUUUCAGAGUCAAGUCGUUCAGAACCAGCAAUCCACCUCCGACAUGCCUCACAUUUGAUGGGAAGACUAGCCUGAGGUUUAGCUCAAUCUUUAGCAAGGAAAGCGGUAUUUGUUAAAAAUGUAAAAUAUGUAAAAAUGGAUCUGGUUAAAGGGGAACUGCACAUUUUUUAAAAUGUUGUCCGUUAUCCACGAGCCUUAUAUGAGACAAUAACACAAGUAUUUCCCUUUUCUGUUUGUUUAAUGAAUAACUGCUAGCACGAGGCGGCUAACAAUGCAGGUAAUUAGGAUUAAUAUAUUCCGCCUAUAAAGCACUCCAAAAAAACUCAAUUUCUACAUAAAAUGUAUUCUGGUUUAUGUUUUACAGUGUUGAACUUAUUUUUACGUUUGUGUGACAUGUACAGUAAGAAUGUUAAAAAAAAAAUGUCAUGUGAAGCACAGAUGCAACGCUAUUUUUUAGAGAUAAAAAUGUUAAUGUGGAUGGUUGCCUGUCUUCAUGUGUCAGUUUUGUGAUUGACAGGUGAUCAGUCCGGGCUGAGCCUGCCUCUCAGUCUUAAGUC